AUGGGGACUUCAGCACGCCCACCGCCCCACUGGCCUCCACUCCUCUUUGCUUUCACAUUUUGCCUUGUAGCAACAAUUGCGUCCUCCACCACCUUACUACUACAAGUCUCCACCUCCACCACCUCCUCCUUACUAUUACAAAUCACCACCACCCCUUCACCUAGUCCCCCACCAUCAUACUACUACAACUCACCACCUCCACCAUCUCCUUCACCACCUCCUCCUUACUACUACAAAUCACCACCACCACCCUCACCUAGUCCCCCACCACCAUACUACUACAAGUCACCACCUCCACCAUCUCCUUCACCACCCCCUCCUUACUAUUACAAGUCUCCACCCCCACCCUCACCUAGUCCCCCACCACCAUACUACUACAAGUCACCACCUGCACCAUCUCCUUCACCACCUCCUCCUUACUAUUACAAGUCUCCACCCCCGCCCUCACCUAGUCCCCCACCACCAUACUACUACAAGUCACCACCUCCACCGUCUCCCUCACCACCUCCUCCUUACUACUACAAAUCACCACCACCACCCUCACCUAGUCCCCCACCACCAUACUACUACAAGUCACCACCUCCACCAUCCCCCUCACCACCUCCUCCUUACUACUACAAAUCACCAUCACCACCUUCACCUAGUCCUCCACCACCAUACUACUACAAGUCUCCAGUACCUCCACCAUCUCCUAGUCCCCCACCACCAUCUCCCUCACCACCACCUCCAUACUACUACAAAUCUCCUCCUCUACCGUCUCCAUCACCCCCUCCUCCUUACUACUACAAAUCACCACCACCUCCUUCUCCAUCACCCCCGCCACCUUACUAUUAUAAGUCACCUCCUCCACCACCUCCUUAUCACUACUAGUCACCUCUCCUUGAGUGAAAUUUCCACCUCAUUAUUACCCUACAUCACCACCAGUUUCAAAGGGCCACAAAGCUAAGUUAAUAUUUAAUCUCUUUACUCAGGUUGAAGAUUUGAUAAGGAAGAAGAAUAAUUGUGGAAUUUCUUUGAUAAGCUUCUUGAACAUGUUUUUCAGUAUUCUUCAUUUAUAUAUGUAAAUUGUGUCUGCUUUUUUUUCUUUAGCAAAAAGGGUCCAGUACUUGUUAAGAUCCUUGAUGAGUUAUUUAAUACUAAUGUGCACUUGUACUACUUCGUACCACUUCAUAUUUUAUUAUUAUUACUGCCAAAUUGAA